AUGGGUUCGAUUUCCCCUCUAUUAUUGCCUUCCGAUGCUGCCGAAAACCCUUUUGCCAAUUAUCGCAUCUACACUUCUUUUUGUUCCAAUGAUCUAUUGGCCACCUCGAACAUGUCGAAUUGGAUCGAAUGUUACAACCCUACAACCAACUCUUGGCAUUAUGUGGACAGAGUUCCCGACCUGCUCGAAAACCAAGUGCGAAAGGAUUUUUCUAUGGUCUCCAUUGGUGACUUCAUCUAUAUUAUUGGUGGAAGGCUUUGUCACAAGGCUCUAGGCGAUGGCCCCUAUGAAAUCGUAGAGGUUGGUCUUGAGAUCCUCUCAUCUGUCAUACGCUAUGAUGUUCGCAAUGGCGUUUGGUCCAAGUGUGCACCACUUGGUAUCCCACGGUUCGAUUUUGCGUGCACCGUGUGCGACGGAAAAAUCUUCGUGGCAGGUGGACAGUGCACGUUAGGCGUUGCACGUGGCACCUCGUCUGCUGAGAUGUACGAUCCGAUUCUGGAUGAGUGGAAACCGUUGCCCGAUAUGAGCGUGAUGAGAUACAAAUGUGUGGGUGUGACAUGGCAAGGGAAAAUCCAUGUGAUAGGGGGAUUUGCUGAGAAGGCGGAUAUGGAUAAGCUGCCGUGGAAUAUAUUUGGGAGAUGUUCGGCUGAGGUGUAUGACUCGGAGAACGCCAAGUGGGAUCUAGUAAGGGGAAUGUGGCAAUUGGACGUGCCACCUAAUCAAAUCGUGGCCGUUGAUGAAAAGCUUUAUAGCUCAGGGGACUGUCUAAUUACAUGGAAAGGUCACAUAGAGGUGUACGAUGGGCAAAUAUGGGAUGUGGUCGACGGAUCACACCUGGAAACAUUAGCAUCGCCUGUUUCCACGUCGGAUGCAGAGUGGCCUCCGAUUAAUCGAGCUUACAUAACAAUGGCAGCAAUCGGGAGCCACUUGUUUUUCAUGGCCGGAUACAGGCAGGCAGGGGAGACAUCGAGGUCGACGUCGAUAGUCCAUGCGUUCAACACAUCGGCAAAAAACGAUGCAUGGAGGAGUUUGGAGCCCACGGAAGAGGAAGGAGAAAAGGAGCUUUGCUGUCAUGGCUGCGUUGUUUUUCUCGGCAACAACUAA